UGUCCACCUGUACUUCUUGCUCUGACUGUAUCGGCAGCCACACUGCUCGCACAGUCUUUUCAAAGGAGCAGAAUAAACGAAAACCUCCGAGUUGCCUCGACUCACGUGCCCAAAAACUCCGCCCUCGCAUUUAUGUCAAGAAACAUUUAACUCGAGACGUCGUCACAGCUCGAAAAAACACCGGGGAAUAUAGGCUAUUCAAGUGAAGCGGCGACCGCCACGUAGGCUACAGUGUGGGGGAAAGGAGUUUACCUGUGUUGUUGUAAAACAUGUUAGACCCGUCCUCCAGCGAAGACUCGGGAGGAGAAAUUGACGAGGACACUGAAGUUCCAAAAGACUCCCCCCAAAAGCCUUUGACUUCCUCCGGGCAAGGAGGUAAACAUAAACGACCACCUGCGGACCAACCACAAGCCGAAAGUCAUUCUGUCGGAGACGAGCAGAAAAAUGAGAAAGAACGACUUCAGAAAGAGGAAGCUGAGCGGAAAAGUAAACUACAGAUUUAUGUAUUUGUGUUGCGAUGUAUAGCAUACCCUUUCAAUGCCAAACAACCCACGGAUAUGGCACGCAGGCAACAGAAGCUUAAUAAGCAGCAGCUGCAGGUGGUGAAGGAUCACUUCCUGGCCUUCCUGAAUGGGGAGACACAGAUCGUGGCGGACGAGGCCUUCUGCAAUGCUGUGCGCAGCUACUACGAGGGUUUUCUGAACAGUGAGCGGGUGUCCAGGAUGGUGCAGAGUGGCGGCUGCUCGGCCUGCGACUUCCGUGACGUCUUCAAGAAGAACAUUGAGCGCCGGGUGCGCAGCUUGCCCGAGAUCGACGGCCUGAGCAAAGAGACAGUGCUGAGCUCCUGGAUUGCCAAGUACGACGCCAUCUACAGGGGGGAUGAGGACCUGCGGCGCCAGCCCCAGAGGAUGCACCUCAGUGCCGUGUCCGAGUUGAUACUCAGUAAGGAGCAGCUGUAUGAGAUGUUCCAGCUGAUUUUGGGCAUCAAGAAGUUUGAGCACCAGCUGCUGUACAACGCCUGUCAGCUGGACAAUGUGGAUGAGCAGGCAGCCCAGAUCCGCCGGGAGCUGGAUGGACGACAACAGCUGGCAGAGAGGGUAGCCAAGGAGAGAAAGUACCCAAAGUUUGUGUCCAAAGACAUGGAGGCCAUGUACAUCGAGGAGCUGCGCUCGUCUGUUAACCUGCUCAUGGCCAACCUGGAGAGUCUACCUGUGGCCAAGGGAGGUCCCGACUUCAAACAGAAGCUCAAACGCUCCACCAUGAACAACUCCUUCCUGGACAUGGGCGAGGAGACCGAAUUCCUCUCCAAGUCUGAUGUAGUCCUCUCCUUCACACUGGAGAUAGUGAUAGUGGAAGUGCAGGGCCUGAAGUCGGUGGCUCCUAACAGGAUUGUGUACUGCACCAUGGAGGUGGAGGGGGGGGAGAAACUGCAGACAGACCAGGCGGAAGCUUCCAGACCACAGUGGGGCACUCAGGGGGACUUCAUGACGACGCACCCGUUACCAAUGAUCAAAGUCAAGCUGUUCACAGAGAGCACAGGGGUACUGGCUCUGGAAGACAAGGAGUUGGGACGGGUGAUCCUGAACCCCACCACCAACGGACCCAAGCAGGCCGAGCUUCACAAGAUGGUGGUGUCAAAGAACAGUCAGGACUCAGAGCUGAAGAUCAAACUAGCCGUCCGCAUGGACAAACCCCCCAACAUGAAGCACAGCGGGUACCUUUAUGCUUUGGGACAGAGAGUUUGGAAACGUUGGAAAAGAAGAUAUUUGGUUCUUGUCCAGGUCAGCCAAUACACCUUUGCAAUGUGCAGCUACAGAGAGAGGAAGUCUGAGCCCCAUGAACUGAUGCAGCUAGAAGGCUACACUGUGGACUACUCCGACCCCCAGCCUGGUCUCCAGGGCGGUCGAGUCUUCUUCAGUGCUGUCAAGGAGGGUGACCUAGUCGUGUUUGCCAGUGAUGACGAGCAGGACCGGAUGCUGUGGGUUCAAGCCAUAUACCGUGCCACGGGCCAGUCAUACAAACCAGUUCCACCCACCCAGAUCCAGAGACAGAACUGCAGAGGAGGGAACCCCCAGCCAGACGCACCAAUCUCACUGCUCAGUCUGGAUCGCUCUCAGAGGCAGGGGGUAGAGGAUCUGAUCUCUGCGGUGCCCUGUCGUUUCGACCAUGCCGCCUUGUUCCCCAUGCUGCAGAAACAGACUCUACAGCACCGGAUGAAUGACUCCUUCUCCUGUCUGGGAUGGUUCAGUCCAGGUCAGGUGUUUGUGCUGGAUGAGUACUGCGCCCGCUACGGUGUGAGGGGCUGCCACCGCCACCUCAGCUACCUUCGGGACCUGAUGGAGUACUCUGAGAACAACACCCUGGUCGACCCCACCCUCCUGCAUUACAGCUAUGCCUUCUGUGCCUCCCACAUCCAUGGCAAUAGGCCGGAUGGGAUAGGCACAGUCACUGAGGAAGAGAGAGAACAGUUUGAGGACAUAAGAAGCCGUCUCCUGAGUCUAUUGGACAACCAGAUCAUCCAUUUUAGGUACUGUUUCCCCUUUGGCCGACCAGAUGGCGCACUCAAAGCCACACUCUCCCUGCUAGAAAGGGUGUUGAUGAUGGACAUUACCACUCCGAUUCCUCCUGAGGAGAUGAAGAAGAUGGUCAAAAAAUGUCUGGAGAAAGCUGCCCUUAUCAACUACUCCCAGCUGACCCAAUACGCUCAGAUCGAGGCAGAUGCUCAGGCUGCCCCGGAGAAGAGAUUGGAGGACAUGAUGCGACUGGGAGAACUUUGUAUUGAGGUCCUGCAGCAGAAUGAUGAGCAUCAUUCCGAGGCAUUCUCGUGGUGGCCGGAGAUGAUGGCGGAGCACGCAGAGACCUUCCUGUCUCUCUACACCGUCGACAUGGAUGGUGCUCUACAAGUCCAGCCCGUUGACUCAUGGGACAGCUUUCCCUUAUUCCAGCUGCUUAACAACUUCCUGCGUUUUGACCCUCACCUGUGCAAUGGCAUGUUCCACAAGCACCUGCAGGACCUGUUCAUCCCGCUGGUGGUGCGUUACAUAGACCUUAUGGAGUCCUCCAUCGCCCAGUCCAUCCACCGCGGCUUCCAGCAGGAAACCUGGCAGUCCGUCAAGACAAUAACCAACAACCUACCGAGCGUGCCUCUGCCCAAAGUCAAUCUCCCACAGAUGCCGAGCUUCUCAGCACCCUCCUGGAUGGGCCCGCUGUGUGACAGCACUAACGGCUCAGCAACCUCAGAGGACCUCUUCUGGAAGUUGGACGCACUCCAGAUGUUUGUCCUGGACCUGCACUGGCCCGAGCCAGAGUUUGCCAAACACCUGGAGCAGAGGCUGAAGCUCAUGGCCAGCGACAUGAUGGAGGCUUGCGUCAAAAGAACGAAAGCCGCCUUUGACUCCAAGAUGCAGAAGGCCAGCAAGGCAACGGACUUCCGGGUGUCGCUGUCGGUGUGCACCAUGUUCAACAUGCUAAUGGACGCCAAGAAGCAGUGCGCCAAACUCUGUGUGCUGGACUCCGGUCAAGAGAUUGACAAACAAUGGCAACAGUACCAUUCGAAAAUCGAUGUCCUGAUCGAUGAUGCGUUUAAAGACAUGAUUUCCUCCAUGGUCACAAAGUUUGCUGGAGUUUUAGACGGUGUUCUGUCCAAACUCUCCAGAUAUGACGAAGGGACAUUCUUUUCUUCUAUCCUAUCUUUCACGGUGAAAGCAGCUGCCAAGUAUGUGGAUGUGCCUAAGCCAGGGAUGGACCUGGCUGAUACCUAUAUCACGUUUGUGCGGCAGAACCAGGACAUUCUGCGAGAUCGCGUCAAUGAGGAGAUGUACAUUGAGAAGCUGUUUGACGAGUGGCCGUCCUGCAAUGAUGACUGCAAGAGCACAAUGCAGAAUUCUCACUGAGGUAAAAAGAAUCAGAGAGUCAGCUAAAGACUUACAGAAAUCACUGGAACAUGCAUAACAUCUCUGUUGAUGAGUCUACGAUACGUAAAACACUAAACAAGACUGCUGUUACUGGAGGACACCACGGAAGAAGCCACUGCAAUUUUGCACACUAUUAGCAUUCUCUCAACCAGCGUCACCUGGAAUGCUUUUCCAACAGUCUUGGAGUUCCCACAUAUGCUGAGUACUUGUUGGCUGAUUUUCAAUUACUCUGCGGUCCAACUCAUCCCAAACCAUCUCAAUUUGGUUGAGGUUGGGUGAUUGUGGAGGACAGGUCAUCUGAUGCAGCACUCCAUCACUCUCGUUCUUGGUCAAAUAGCCCUUUCACAGCCUGGAGGUGUUUUGGGUCAUUGUCCUGUUGAAAAACAAAUUAUAUCCCAUCUGGUUUGAGCUAAGUGGGACUGGCGUAUCACCACAGAAUGCUGUGGUAGCCAAUCUGGUUAAGUGUGCCUUGAAUUCUAAAUAAAUCAUAGACAGUGUCACCAGCAAAGAACCUCCACACCAUAACACCACCACCUCCAUGCUUUACGGUGGGAAAUACACAUUUGGAGAUCAUCCGUUCACCCACACAGUGUUUCUCAAAUACAUGGCGGUUGGAACCAAAAAUCUCCAAUUUCGACUCAUCCGACCAAAGGACAGAUUUCCACCGGUCUCAUGUCCAUUGCUCGUAUUUCUUGGCCCAAGCAAGUAUCUUCUUCUCAUUGGGGUCCUUUUAGUAGUUGUUUUAUUUGCAGCAAUUCAACCAUGAAGGUCUGAUUCACAAAGUCUCCUCUGAACACUUGAUGUUGAGAUGUGUCUGUUACUUGAACUCUGAAGUAUUUACUUGGGCUGCAAUUUCUAGUGCUGGUAACUCUAAUGAACUUAUCCUCUGCAGCAGAUGUAACUCUGGGUCUUUGUUUCCUGUGGCGGACCUCAUGAGAGACAGUUGCUGUCACGCCUUGGUCUUAGUAUUUUGUGUUUUCUUUAAUUAUUUGUUCAGGCCAGGGUGUGACAUGGGUUUAUUGUAUUGUUGUAUUGGGGUUUUUGUAGGCAUUGGGAUUGUGGUUGAUUAGGGGUGUGUCUAGUAUAGGCUUGGCUGCCUGAGGCGGUUCUCAAUCAGUCAGGUGAUUCUUGUUGUCUCUGAUGGGGAACCGUAUUUAGGUAGCCUGGGUUUCACUUUGUAUUUCGCGCGUGAUUGUUCCUGUCUCUGUGUAGUUUCACCAGAUAGGCUGUUAUUAGGUUUCACGUUCCGUUUGUUGUUUUUGUAUUUGUUAGUUAUUUCAUGUAUUGUUCCGUUUUUCUUCAUUAAAGUCAUGAGUAACAACCAAGCUACAUUUCGGUCCGACUCUCUUUCUACAAACGAAGAACGCCGUUACAGUUUCAUCAUAGCACUUGAUGGUUUUUGCGACUGCAGUUGAAGAAACUUUGAAAUUUCUUGAAAUAUUCCAUAUUGACUGACCUUAAAGUAAUGAUGAACUGUAGUUUC